ACUGAGGAAACAAAGUACCGCUCCUCUUCCUGGAAUGAAGCAGAGCCUGAUAACCCCUCCCUCCUCUUCCUCCUCUCAAACACACCCAGUUGCACUCUGUCCUCUUAUUCCCUCGUUCCCUCCCCUUCAGAUCUACAGUUUUGAAGAUGGGUGUAACCGACAUGGUGGUGCAGUGAGAGCUGACAGGCUGCAUUCAGUGCACAUGUUGUUUAGAUCAGAGCUCAAACUAGUUUCACUUCUCAGGAAGUGAAACUCAGACAGUCGUCGUCUCUGAGAGGUGAAAUGGCGCAGCAAGGAGUUCAGCUGGACCAGGAAGAAAUCUCUUGUUCGAUCUGUCUGGAUCUACUGAAGGAUCCGGUGGCUACUUCCUGUGGACACAGCUACUGCAUGAACUGUAUUAAAGGCUUCUGGGAUGGAGAGGAUGAGAAGAAGCUCUACAGCUGCCCUCAGUGUAGGCAGACCUUCACACCGAGGCCUGUCCUGAUGAAAAACACCAUGUUAGCAGUUUUAGUGGAGAAACUGAAGAAGACUGGACUCCAAGCUGCUCCUGCUGAUCACUGCUAUGCUGGACCUGAAGAUGUGGCCUGUGAUGUCUGCACUGGGAGGAAACUGAAAGCCUUCAAGUCCUGUCUGGUGUGUCUGGCCUCUUACUGUGAGAAACACCUCCAGCCUCAUUAUGACUCAGCUCCGUUCAAGAAACACAAGCUGGUGGAGCCCUCCAAGAAGCUCCAGGAGAACAUCUGCUCUCGUCACGACGAGGUGUUGAAGAUGUUCUGUCGUACUGAUCAGCAGUGUAUCUGUUAUCUCUGCUCUGUGGAUGAACAUAAAGGCCACGACACCGUCUCAGCUGCAGCAGAAAGGACCGAGAGGCAGAGAGAGCUGGAGGUGAGUCGACUCAACAUCCAGCAGAGGAUCCAGGACAGAGAGAAAGAUGUGAAGCUGCUCCAACAGGAGGUGGAGGCUGUCAAUCGCUCUGCUGAUAAAGCAGUGGAGGACAGUGAGAAGAUCUUCACCGAGCUGAUCCGUCUCAUGGAGAAAAGAAGCUGUGAUGUGAAGCAGCAGGUCAGAUCCCAGCAGGAAAGUGAAGUGAGUCGAGUCAAAGAGCUUCAGGAGAAGCUGGAGCAGGAGAUCACUGAGCUGAAGAGGAGAGACGCUGAGCUGAAGCUGCUGUCACACACAGAGGAUCACAAUCAGUUUCUAAUCAACUACCAGUCACUGUCACCACUCAGUGAAUCUACAUCCAGCAUCAAUAUCCGUCCUCGGCGCUACUUUGAGGACGUGACGGCGGCUGUGUCAGAAGUCAGAGAUAAACUACAGGACGUUCUGAGAGAGAAAUGGACAAACGUCUCACAGACAGUGACUGAAGUGGAUGUUUUACUGUCACAACCAGAGCCCAAGACCAGAGCUGGAUUCUUAAAGUAUUCACGAGAAAUCACACUGGAUCCAAACACAGCAAACACACAGCUGUUAUUAUCUGAGGGGAACAGAAAAGCAACAUUAACAUGGCAAACACAGUCUAAUUCUAGUCACCCAGACAGAUUCACUGAUUAUUGUCAGGUCCUGAGUAGAGAGAGUCUGACUGGACGUUGUUACUGGGAGGUGAAGUGGGGAGGGGGAGUUGAGGUAGCAGUUGCAUACAAGAGUAUCAGGAGAGCAGGGAGGGGUGAAUGUAGAUUUGGAUUCAAUGACAAAUCUUGGGCGUUAGAAUGUAACAAUAACAGGUAUACAUUUUGGUACAACAGUGUCCAAACUCCCGUCUCAGGUCCUCAGUCCUCCAGAGUAGGAGUGUACCUGGAUCACAGUGCAGGUAUUCUGUCCUUCUACAGCGUCUCUGAAACCAUGACUCUCCUCCACAAAGUCCAGACCACAUUCACUGAGCCUCUCUAUGCUGGACUUAGGCUUUAUUCUUAUGGAGCCACUGCUGAGUUGUGUAAACUCAACCAGACAGAAGUCAUUUAAGGGACAGAGGGUUAAAUUGUCAGAUCGCUAAUUAGAACAGGACUCGAAUGGCUCUGUCCGGUAACGUUACUGCAGGAUUUAGCCAAGUUACCGUGAAACAAGGACAGUUUCUGAUAUCCUGUUGGAAACCGACCGAUGCGGAUGCGAAGGUCAUCCAGACCGUCAUCCGACGCCCCGCAGAGCAAGCCUUUACUACGUCCGAUGUUGCAUGAAAAGUUCUCCCCAAACACGUCUGAGAGCUCAAUGACUGGAAUUAGCUGAGGCGACGCCUAGCAGCUGGCUAGCGGCUGUGAUGGCGCCCACCUGUCACUCAAAGAGGCCACGCCCUUAAUUAUGCAUAACUUUAAUAUAAUUCAAGCGGGUGAGUUAUAUAAAUAUUCAGUCGUCAUGAACAGAACAGUUGUUUUGUACCAGGCUGUAAACAUGUUUAUUUCUGCUGUACAGUUUUAACACGGAGGUCUGUGGGGAUUGACUCUCUUUUGGAGCCUCUAGUGGCCGUUAGAGGAACUGCAGUUUGUUGGCACUUCUGCAUCGGCUUCACUGCUCAGCACCGGAGGUUCACGCUUGGUGUUAACUCUUAAACUCAUUUUUUUUUUUCGAUGAUUGUUGCGUCAUGUCUUCACUGCACAGAGACCAGCUGUCAGUCAAACAUUGUGGGCGGUACUUUGACGUCGUCUCGUGAGUUGUAAAUGUUGAGUGUCUUCAGGUGGCGCUCCGUCCUGUGUCUGUUUCACUGCUCAUGAUGAUGAUGAUGUUUCUCUACAUGAAGAUGUAAACUCCUCUGAGCUCUAAAUGUGUGAUGAAUAUCUGUAGUGAUGUAUUUGUAUGUUGUUGUGUCUCUUCCACUGCAUGGCUCUGAAGAGACAAAGACCUCCUUUAUCCUGUAGAUACUCUGUUCUCUUUGUAAAGAGAUCUAGAAUCACAUUGAUGUGAUGUUGUUGUUGUUCUGAGGUAUUCUAGAAGUGUAAUCAUCCUGAUCAUAAUCAAUAAGGAGAUCAUUCAUUAUUCUCUUUCUCAUGGCUGAGAUUCUGGUCAAACCAGCUGAUGGUGAACAUGAGAUCAUUGAAUCCUUUAACAGACUUUACUGAUGGGAUGUGUGAACAAAGUGACGCUUCACAUGAUGAAUAAACUAACGUGAACAAAG